AAUUGUUAUUGAUAUGGAAAGAGUUCACUGUUAAAACAGGGGACGAUAGGAAAGCAUCAAAAACUGCGAUCCUUGCUAGCCUGUUGGCACUUGCAGGAGUGGCCGUCUUGGGUUCAAGCUUAUACUACUAUAAAUGGGGGAGGAAGACACCGCAGGAAGCAACAGAGGGACAUUGGCAAGGAGCUUUGUUGUAUGAUUUGGGUCCUCCAAUUAGCACACAUGCACGGAUGGAUGGAGGAAGUCAGGUAGAUGAUCAUGAAUUUCCAUGGAUUGAUUUGGUAACCAUACAAUUUGCCACCAAUAACUUUUUGGAGGCAAAUAAGCUUGGACAAGGUGGAUUUGGCCCUGUUUACAAGGGUGUGUUGCCUGAUGGAAAGGAAAUAGCAGUUAAAAGGCUUUCGCGAAGCUCCGGACAAGGCCUAGAUGAGUUUAAGAAUGAAGUUAUAUUGAUUGCGAAACUUCAACACAGGAAUCUUGUGAGGCUCCUGUAUUGCUGCAUUGAAGGAGAGGAGAAGCUGCUCAUCUACGAGUACAUGCCCAACACCAGCCUUGAUGUCUUUCUCUUUGAUUCGAACAAGCGUGCUCAACUCAACUGGGAAAAACGCCUUCAAAUUGUUGGUGGAAUUGCACGGGGCCUUCUUUAUCUUCACGAGGACUCUCGCCUCAGAAUCAUACAUAGAGACUUAAAACCUAGCAAUGUUCUGUUAGAUCAUGAAAUGAAUCCAAAAAUUUCAGAUUUUGGCAUGGCGAGGAUUUUUGGAGGAAACCAAAGUCAAGGGAGUACUAAAAGAGUCGUCGGAACUUAUGGAUACAUGGCUCCUGAGUAUGCAAUUGCAGGGUUGUUUUCAGUGAAGUCUGAUGUGUUUAGCUUUGGCGUCUUACUGCUAGAGAUCGUAAGCGGGAAAAAGAACAGCAAUCUACAUUUCCCCAAAGAUGCCCAGAGCCUCGUCACUUAUGCAUGGACAUUAUGGUGUGAAGAAAAGUCCUUGGAAUUGAUAGAUCCAUUGAUCACAGAGGCAUGCCCCACUGAAGAAGUGCUGAGAUGCAUUCAUAUUGGGCUAUUGUGCGUUCAAGAAGAUGCAGCAAACCGGCCCACCAUGUCAUCUGUAGUUGUUAUGCUGAAAAGUGACCCAAUGACACUACCCCAACCCACACAGCCAGGAUUUUUUGUAGGGAGAGUUGUCACUGAUUCGAAUAAACUUUUGGGAGGUGCCAACCCAUGUUCUAACAAUGAAGUAACCAUCUCUAACAUUGAGCCAAGGUGACCAUACAGAUGGGAUCAAACUACAUGCUCUAUUGGAUUUCGGUAUGAUUAAGGUGCAAUGUUCUGACAGUGGUUCCUGACUGCCCAUUCAAAAAUAUAGAUUAUGUGUCCAAGAACAUGCAGCGAACAGGCCCACCAUGUCAUCUGUAGUUGUUAUGCUGAAAGGUGACUGAAUGAAACUACCCCAACCUACGCUGCCUGGAUUUUGUCAUUGAUUCAAAUCAACUAUCAGGAGGUGCCAAACCAUGUUCUAUCAAUGAAGUAACCAUCUCUAACAUUGAAACGAGGUGGCCAUAGAGAUGGGAUCAAACUCCAUGCUCUAUCGCAUCUCGGUAUAACUAAGGUGGCAAUGUUUUCAGCGUCGGCUCUCAAACGGCCCUUUAAAAAGAAUUGUAUGUGGACAAGUGUAUGUUAAGAUAUAUGCAUAGCUUAAGGAGUUUAUAAAUUUUUGUUAUGUUUCCCGUGGCAUCUACUUCAUAAUCAUAUUUUUAUGUUAUUUAAGAUUUC